CUCAGAAAACCUCGCCCCUCUUGGCCAGUUUGAUCUUGCAGAAAACUUCCGUCUUUGAAUUACAAAAUAAAACACACGACUAGCUAGCUAGCCACGGCAAAUGAGCUUACUUCGGUCUACAUAAGCAAUCUACCACUUCUGUCUACUGUAAACAGGUCCUGCCCCCCAGCCUUCUCUGUGUAGUAGUGAGUGAAUGAGGCGAGCCCUGCCCCUGUAGCAGCCUUCACACACACACACACACACACAGACAGACGUACAGACACGUGGGCCUCUGGACGAGGAUGACAAUGGAAGAGAUGAAGAAUGAAGCAGAGACGACCUCGAUGGUUUCCAUGACACUCUACACUGUGAUGUACCCCGUCUUCCACGAGUUGGAAAGAGUGAACCUGUCGGCAGCGCAGACCCUGAGGACAGCGUUUAUAAAGGCUGAGAGGGAGAACCCAGGGCUGACCCAGGACAUCAUCAUGAAGAUCCUGGAGAAGAAAAAAGUGGAGGUCAACUUCACAGAGGCUCUACUGCGCAUGGCUGCAGACGACGUGGAAGAGUUCAUGAUUGACAGACCAGAGCAGGAGUUCCAGGACUUGAAUGACAAAGCCCGGGCACUCAAACACAUCCUCAGCAAGAUCCCAGAUGAGAUCAACGACAGAGUACGCUUCUUACAGACCAUCAAAGAUAUCGCCAGCGCCAUAAAGGAACUCCUGGACACAGUCAACACUGUCUUCCGAAAAUACCAGUACCAGAACCGACGGGCACUGGAACACCAAAAGAAAGAGUUUGUGAAAUACUCCAAGAGCUUCAGCGACACACUUAAAACAUACUUCAAAGAUGGAAAGGCGAUAAACGUGUUUAUCAGCGCGAACAGGCUCAUCCACCAAACCAACCUAAUACUCCAGACCUUCAAGACUGUGGUAUAGAUGGGGUUAACCACACUAACCCAGGCUUUUAACAGAGAAUAGGAAACCCUUUUAAUGUACAAUGUUAAGAUUCUGUUUCUAGGACUGUAUAAUUUGUAAGUCUUGCUUCAAGAGGGGGAUCAUUUAGAGUUGCAGGUGGCCAGAUUAUAAUUGCCAGCGAUGUAUUUUUUUUUUUUUUAUUGUAUUUUUUUUCACCACGAUCAUGCUAUCACCACAGAGUAUCUUAUCCGCACCUUCUCUUUCUUGCACUUUCACUCUCUCUCACUCUGUCCAUGUGGAAGCCAAAAGACCGGGCCUUAACGUGGCCAUGGAGACAUUCCUUAAUGGAUGCUAAAUGGAUCAUACAGGGGAUGAUUUCUGUAUUUCGAAAGUUACAAAUCUUGAAAACUUGAUUGCAAAACAUUUUGGGACUAUGACAAUAUCAACAAUGGACUAAUGAAACAAACUCCAAAAUAUAGUUUUUGGAUGGAGUUUUACUUUAAGCAAAGUGUAAAUACAGGGGCUUCUGCUUUUCUCACAUUCUAACUUGAACAAUGAAACAUGAUGAUUAUGAUGAUGGUGCAAGUUGUAUAUUUAACAGAUAUUUGGUCGCAAAAUGUUCAAAUAAAUAGUUUAAACAUUUUGGAAAGAUUUUAAAA